GUCGCGAGCGGUACUUCAAUCCGGAUGGUGCAAACGUCAGUUUAGUGAGAGAGAAACAGUGAAAAGAGCGCUUCGAAAAUCGUGAAUAAUUGUGUGAACAGUGCCAAACAUUACUGAGAAAAAAAAAUAAACCACAACAAAAAUCGAAUCAGUGAAAAGAAGAUUAAAACUUCAGCCAGAAAUCUGCACACAUUUUUGUGAGGUGUCUGGAAGCAACAGCCGAACGGAAACGGAAACAGAAACAGAAACACGAAGCCCAAAGUUAGUUCGUGAACGAGCGAACGUCGUCGUCCUGCUCCGUGUGGGUGUUUAUUUAACACAGUUCCUCGUGCGCCGCCCGUUCAGUUCGUGCCCGAAGUCCGUGCCGUACGCGCUCCGACCUACGACCCAGCGCGAAAUUCGUGAACAUCAGAGAGACAGUGACAGAGAGACGUAAACGUGAACGUAAACGCAGAUAGUCAGGUGUCGCGUGUGCAAUGUGAAGAGUCGCUCAAGAUCGGUGGACCCGUAACCAAAUGUCGCUCAACGUUAACCGUGCUCAAGCUCCUCCUCCGCACACACACAUCUCUCACACAGUGGACCAAAAGUGCACCACUAACAACCAGUAACAUCCGCAACAAUCGCGAGUGCCCUGCCCGUCGCCGAAAUAUACGUAUAACUGUAUAGUGCAUCAGGAAGGCAAGGAAGACAAUAUGUGCUCCAUGGGGAACCAGCGGCCCCAAGGCGCAGACACUGGCCGAAAUCGCCGCCGCUUACACAGCAGCGGCAGCAGCACCCACAGCCCCCUCAAUCGCCUUAGCCGCCUCAGUGCUCUGCUGCUCGUUCUGGGUGCGCAAAUAAUUUAUGUGGAAUAUGCUCGGGCGGAUUAUGAGAACACUUGGAAUUUAUAUUACGAGCCGCCCUGCUGCUCGGGAACAGCUGCCGGCCAUCAUCUGCGCCACCACAAAGAUCACGUCAAGGACUUUAGCUGUGGCCCACUGCAUUACAGAACCUUCUAUAUGGAUGAGCGCAACAAUGCCCUCUACGUGGGCGCCAUGGAUCGCAUUUUUCGGCUGAAUCUGCGUAACAUAAGCCAAUCGAUUUGCGAGCGCGAUGUUCUCAUACUGGAACCCACCGGCUCCGACAUUCUCAACUGUGUGUCCAAGGGCAAGCGGGAGAAGGUGGAAUGCCGCAAUCACAUACGCGUCAUACAGCCAAUGAACUUCAAUGGACAUCGACUCUAUGUGUGCGGCACGAAUGCCCACAAUCCCAAGGAUUAUGUUAUAAAUGCAAACUUAACACAUUUACCCAGAUCCCAGUACGUGCCCGGCGUUGGCCUGGGCAUUGGCAAGUGUCCCUACGAUCCCGCUGACAACUCAACCGCCGUCUAUGUGGAAAACGGAAAUCCCUUUGGUUUGCCCGCGCUGUAUGCCGGCACCAAUGCAGAAUUCACCAAGGCCGAUUCAGUUAUUUUCCGCUCGGAUCUCUACAAUCUGACCAACGGCCGCAAGGAGGCAAACUUCAAGCGAACAGUGAAAUAUGACUCCAAGCUAUUGGACAAACCCAACUUUGUGGGCUCAUUCGAGAUUGGGGAAUUUGUUUACUUCUUCUUCCGCGAACAUGCCGUGGAGUACAUCAACUGCGGCAAGGAGGUCUACUCGCGUGUGGCACGCGUCUGCAAGAACGAUCGCGGGGGCAAAUACAUGAUGAGCCAGAACUGGGCCACGUACCUGAAGGCACGCAUGAACUGCAGCAUUUCCAGCGAGUUCCCGUUCUACUUCAACGAGAUUCAAUCGGUCUACAAGAUGCCCAGCGACGACAGCAAGUUCUAUGCCACAUUUACAACGAAUACGAACGGUCUGAUUGGUUCCGCUGUCUGCAGCUAUGACAUCAGGGACAUCAAUGCGGCAUUUGAAGGAAAAUACAAGGAGCAGGCCAGCUCGAACAGCGCCUGGCUGCCCGUACUCAACCAGAAAGUGCCGGAGCCACGUCCGGGCACAUGCCACAACGACACCGCCACACUGCCGGACUCCGUGUUGAAUUUCAUACGUAAACAUCCGCUAAUGGACAAGGCGGUCGAUCAUGAAUUUGGCAAUCCGGUCUUCUUCAAGCGAGACAUAAUACUCACCAAGCUGGUGGUGGACAAGAUACGCAUCGACAAGCUGAACCAGGAGUUUCUGGUGUACUUUGUGGCCACCAGUUCGGGACAAAUCUACAAGAUUGUGCAGUUCAUGCACUACGGCCAGCGGCACUCCAAUCUGAUUGACAUCUUCGAGGCAUCGCCGCACAACGAACCCAUCCGCGAGCUGAUUCUCAGCCAGAAGACGGGCUCCCUCUACCUGGCCACCGAUCAUCAGGUGAAGCAGAUCGACAUUGCCAUGUGUGCCCGCCGCUACGACAGCUGCUUCCGCUGUGUGGCCGAUCCCUACUGCGGCUGGGACCAGGAGGUGAAUGCCUGCCGCCCGUACCAGCUCGGCCUUCUGCAGGAUGUGGCCAACGAGACGUCGGGCAUUUGCGAUACGAGUGUGCUCCGCAAGCGUGUCACCUCCUCCUACGGCCAGACACUGCAUCUCUCGUGCUUCGUCAAGAUGCCAGAGGUGCUGCGAAAGAAGCAGACGCGAUGGUAUCAUCACUCCACGGAGAAGGGACGCUAUGAGGUACGCUACACGCCCACCAAAUACAUUGAAACGAACGAGGGCGGCCUCGUCCUGCUGGCGGUUAAUGAGGGCGAUGGCGGCCGCUAUGAUAGCUACUUGGAUGGCACCCUGCUCUGCAGCUACGGGGUAACCGUGGACGCGCACAGAUGCUCGCCUCCUUCGCAGAAGCAGGACUACCAGAAGAUCUACUCGCAUUGGUGCAACGAGUUCGAGAAAUACAAAUCGGCCAUGAAACAAUGGCAGGCCAAACAGGAGCAAUGCGGCCUCAAGGACAAGGCUGGAUCUGUUAGCAGCAAUGGCAAACAUGUCAACGAUGUCUUCAGCAAUGAUGCCCUGGUCUGACCCAGAAGUGAGAGAGGAGAUGAAGCAAAACCAAACACAGUAAGCAGACAAGGGAGAAGAUGGUGAGAUGAAAAUGCCAGGAUGGGGAGAAAAUCAUGUGACAAGAGCCGAGCAGAAACCAACUACAAAGACUGAAAUUUUUAAGCUUUUAGCAUCGACAAUAUUUCGGAUAAUUUCAAUGAGUUUUCUUAUUAUGAUCAACACCUUCGUUACGUUUGCCAUUCCGUUUUCCGUUCGUUUUGAGAUGUUGUCAGCGUCAAAUAUUUGAUUGAUUUCGACAUUAACUAACUGAUAUACAAAGAUGGAGUAAACGAUAAAAGUUACUAGCAAAAGGAUCCUGCCAUAAAUCAAAUGGAAAUUUACGGUUUUACACACAGCAUAGACACACAUACACACACACACAGAAUACACUCUCCGACACAGAGAAUCUCUAUAUCUAUUUCGAGCUACGGUUAAAAAUACACAAAAACCACCUAAAGUGAAAAUCUGACAAGUAUAAUUAUAAACAUAGCUCACAUGAUGAUGAUAAUGAUGAUAGAUGAUCAUUUUUAAUACUGAUUUCGAUUUAUGUUAUGUUUUUGAGAACUCGUCGCUUGGCCAUUUUGGGUUUUUGGGGGGUUGGGAAGAUCUUAAACGAAUUUGUAUAUUACUUAGCAAUAUUUGUUUAACUAAAACAUAGUCUAAGAUUAUACGCAUAAAUUACUAUAUGUAUAUUUAUACAUGUACUCGUACGCAUGUAAGAUAUGUGUGUGAAUAUCUGCCCAAUGUUUAGGUCAUAGACAAGUACGGAACCAACUUAUAAUAUAGCCAAAACAGAACCGAGACAGAUUCCAUGACGCACGGCAGAUGCAGAGAUAGAGAGGAGGAUGAAGAGGAUUUUGUAUAUAGUAGAACUGCUUUAGACGAUAAGAUAUUUAACCAGGCAUUGAUUUAACGUUUCUACGAUUUGAUUUUGAUUUUGAACGAUUCGCUAUUUGGCAUUAACUCGCUCUUGUAUAGAUUGUGCGUUGGCCUCUAAUGUUUACGAUAAGCAAUAAAUAUAGUUAUACAUAAAUACAUAUAUUAGCAUCUAGAUAACAUCUAGUACCAACCAUACACGUAUAGAUAUCGUACAUAAAGUACGUAUUGCAUUGAGACCAGCAUCCGACAUGCUCAUGAGAUUACUUAAUCCCUAGUUUUAGGUAAGUUGGUGUGUGGCAAGUAUGUGCGUUUUUUAAGCAAGAAGUAACU